GCAGACGCAGCGGCAGCAGCGUGAUCUGAAGAUCGAAAAUAGGAGGGCUUACAGUGAUCACUGCCCCCCAUGACAGGGAGCAGCGCGGACGCGGCGUGGGAGCGCACACACCAGCAGUCCACACAUAACCAACAGAGCGCUCCAACGCACGCACCGAGCGGCGGACAGCGGCACAAGCAUCCCACUCGGAUGCGCUUUUCCGCCGCGUGUGGACGCUUUGGACUGUGAGCCCCGCGGAGAGCCGGGACUAGCGCCUCUGCUCGGAGGGAUUUGACCACAGUGCCGUGCCAGUGUUUGCUCCGGAUGCACAGAAAUGGGGGAAUGGACUAUACUAGAGAGGCUCCUGGAGGCUGCUGUCCAGCAGCACUCCACGAUGAUCGGCAGGAUCCUGCUGACGGUGGUGGUCAUCUUCCGGAUCCUGAUCGUGGCCAUCGUGGGGGAGACGGUGUACGACGACGAGCAGACCAUGUUCGUGUGCAACACGCUCCAGCCGGGCUGUAACCAGGCGUGCUACGACAAGGCCUUCCCCAUCUCCCACAUCCGCUACUGGGUCUUCCAGAUCAUCAUGGUGUGCACGCCCAGCCUCUGCUUCAUCACAUACUCCGUGCAUCAGUCUGCCAAGCAGAAGGAGCGCCGUUUCUCCACCGUCUACCUGACCCUGGACAACAAGGACCAAGACUCGCUCAAACGGGACGAGAGCAAAAAGAUCAAGAACACCAUCGUCAACGGAGUGCUCCAGAACACGGAGAACUCCACCAAAGAGGCGGAGCCGGACUGUUUGGAAGUGAAGGAGAUCCCCAACUCGGCCAUGAGAACUACCAAGUCCAAAAUGCGGCGGCAGGAGGGCAUCUCGCGCUUCUACAUUAUACAGGUGGUGUUCCGGAACGCGCUGGAGAUAGGCUUCCUCGUGGGCCAGUACUUCCUGUACGGCUUCAACGUGCCCUCCGUGUACGAGUGCGACCGCUACCCGUGCAUCAAAGAUGUGGAGUGCUACGUGUCCCGCCCCACGGAGAAGACCGUGUUUCUGGUCUUCAUGUUUGCCGUGAGCGGCUUCUGCGUGGUACUCAACCUGGCCGAGCUCAAUCACUUGGGCUGGAGGAAAAUCAAAACAGCCGUGCGAGGCGUACAGGCGCGCAGGAAGUCCAUCUACGAGAUCCGGAACAAGGACCUGCCCCGGAUGAGUGUCCCCAACUUCGGGCGCACUCAGUCCAGUGACUCUGCGUACGUGUGAGUGCUUGUGACCAGCACGCGUAAUACGCGCGGCCAGACGGACUGUACCGGGACUAAAGUGGGCUUUUUGAGUUGUUUCAGACUCAGGCGUGGAUUACACGUUUAUGACUUAUUUAUUACUGCACUGAUGCAACUUUUACGUGGGGUUUUUACCGGGUCCGAGGCGUUCAGGCUGGUGUCUGUCCCGGAGGCGAUGCUCUAUUGCACUAAAGGUGAACCCUGAGCGCUUGGCUGUAUCCAAAAACGCUCCUUGUGAGAGCUCCGUUUGGCACCGAUCUAAUUAAACACGAGCCGAGCACGGGCCGGACCCGCCUCAGGUCCGGGGCCGCGCCCGGCGUCAUCCGCGUCCGUCACGUCUCUUCUGUUGCCUGUGCCGCGUGCACCACAUGUGUCCACCGCUCACGCGCUCCAACCGCGCGCACGUCUCUCAUCUCCUUCUGUUCCACACACCAAAGCGCCCACUGCUUUUCUCUGUCCAGUGUUCUCUUGCUUUGUGUAAUCAAGUGCCAUACUGUAUAUAACAUGAUAUAAAUGUAUACAUAUAAAUAUAUAAAUAUAAUAUAAUGAUAAUAAUACUCAUGGACGCUGCUCCCUGCUUGGAUUAUGCUCAAUGCCGCCCAGCUCUCUUUGGUUUGCUCUCAGUGUAUUUGUUGUGACUGAACGAUGCCGAUUUCUUUUGCAAAUGACUGGAAUAUGACAAAGUGCUAGUCUUUUUUUAUAUCAAAGAGAAAUGACGAAAUAUCUUCCCCCAAAUCAACCAAUCAAGACCGAGGAAUCGCGCAUAUAGCACAAAAACAGUGACUUUUUAUCCGUGAACGGGCGACCACAAGACCCUGCCCUGUGGUGCUAUACGGUUUUUCAU